AUGGCGAAACCCCCCAUCGACUCGCCUACCCCUCCUUCUCCCGCAGUGCUGCAGAAGCAACGAUCUCAGCCACCAACCGGUAUCGUCCUGCCAUCACCCGGAUCGCAAUUUUCUCAACCCCCCUCGGCGUCCACAUCGUCCCCUCGGCAAUCACAUUUCCGCUCCUCAUCGAGCUACCGGAGUAUCACUACACCAACCGGGAUGGAGAGCCACGGAUACUCGGACACGUUCAUGUCGCCCGGUGGUCGCGGCGGGCCACUCAGUCCCGCGCUGGGGUCUGGAAAUCUCAACUCCAACUCGUUCGUUUUUCCGAUCCGAUCGGUAUUCUCGGGCAUGUCUGGUGGGGAUGGGAGCGGUCCUUCGUCGAACGCAGAGGGCUCGGGCUCCGGCCUCUCUAGGGUCGUGUCAAGGGGCAAGGGAGGAGGCGGCGUGGCCGAGGCUCGUCUGCGCUCCUCCCCUGCGACCAGGGCAGAGGAUAGACGAUUCAGCGACGCGCUGCCGAUCGCAGAAGAUGACAUAGGGAUAUCGUCUAUCGCGCAGAUGUUGGAAGGGCAGGAGGAGGCCGCGGCGGAGGGAUCGAGACCAAAGCCGACGGGCGAGACAGGCGUCGCGACCUUUUCGAGGAAAGUGGAUCGGGGAGGGGGUGAGGGGAAGGCAAGACCACCUCAGCAUUCUCCGUCAGGCUACGGUAUGCCUCCGAGUACCUCGGCCGGGUCCAUGUCGUCCUAUCACAACGCAACGCGCGUCGACUCUCAGGCUCAGCCAACCAAUCCUUCCGCCGAGUCCGGCGGGAGUGGCCUGCCGGACAAGACUCGAGCCCCCGUCGGCCAGCCUCAGGACGCGCCCGCUGCCGUUAAUUUCAAGGACCGGCCGGGCCCAUCGGGCGAUCCCGGGGAGCAUCUCCCUUUCUCCGCUCCUGGUGAGCGAGAGUCGAAUGGCGAGCGAUCAGAGCCAUCGGGCGGAAGCGCCAAAGGUGCUUCCCAGCGCACUGGUCAGGAAUCACCGUCCACCCACCUGGCCGCGCCCCAACCUCGGCACGCGGACGCGUCGGGCUUCGAUGGCCUCACACAGGUAACAAAGCCACUCUCCGCGCCCCGAAGUGAGAGCAAUUUCGAAGACGGCAACGAUGGCGAGCGGAGUCUCAUCAAUGACUUUGCCAGCAUCGUGCGGCUCGCUGAUGCGGGAAGUCUGGUAGGGAGCGGAGAUGGGAGGACGAGCAGCCGCUCAAAGCCUCACGGACGGCGCGGUAGCAAGCGCGCAGACGUCGCAUCGGCCGACGACUCGUCUCUCGGUCCCAGUGGUCCUACGACUCAGGCCAGCCUCGCUCAGCAGCAGCGCGAGAUCGGUAAAGCUACCGCUGCAACUCGGGACACGGUUCAGCGCUUUGUCAGCGCUCAGGCGCACACACAGACCAUGUCGGAUCCUAAUGCGCAUACGCCCGCAUCUGGGUCUGGCAAGGUUGCUCCUUCGCCGUCGAGGCCAUUGACGGAGGCGGGUUCGGACGAUGACAACGAAAUAUUGGACAUGGGCCUGUCCGCCAAUACACCGGAUGAGGCGGAGCCACGAGAACUGUCGCGGACAUCGUCUCGCGCGGAGGGCGCUUCAGCUUCAUUGUCUGGCAGGGAGGAGUCGGAAGGGGAGUCAGCUUCAAGGGCAGAAGAGGAUCCGGAGCCACUCACGACGCUGCGCUUUGAGCACGUUGCUACCGAGGAAGGGCAUCACAUGGUGGUAGGGCGGGAAGGGAAGUUGAGCAAGUGUGAGGAUGAGCCGAUCACUACUCCUGGAGCCGUGCAGGGCUUCGGAGUCCUGAUUGUGUUGGAGGAAGAUUACGAGAAGGGUACAUUGCUUGUUCGACAGGUUUCUGAGGUAAGUUGCGCCUUUUCCCUGACACGACACGAGGCUGACUAUCAGAACUCUACUGUCCUGCUGGGAUUGUCGCCGAAAUACCUAUUCCGGCUGGACUGCUUCACACGGAUCUUGACGGACCAGCAAGAAGACCUGCUCCGGGAUAGUCUCGACUAUCUACCAGAAGCGGAGGGGAGCAACGCGCUUGACGAGGACGGCCCACAGGUCUUCCUCCUUUCAGGCUUCGGCGAGCCGGGGACCAGCGAUGAAGAGGAAGAGGAGGACGACGGGACUGCAUCAGCAGGGAAAGGGAGGCGGAGGGAAUGGACAUGCUGGGUGGGAGCGCAUCGGCCCAAGCAACCCACCUGGAACAAGGUGGAUGCGAAGGGCCUCCCCGUACCCCCACCGAAUCUGGUCAUCCUCGAGUUUGAGCUUGAGCGGGACACCAUCAACCCGCUCAUGCAGACAUUCGAGCCAACUAUCAUCGUAUCGUCCGGCAGACAAUCCCCCGAUUCGGCAUCCACUUCGAAUAGCAACAGCCAAAGCAGUAACUCCAAUCAACCGUCCCAAGGCUCAGACACUACCGUCGGCACAGGUACUCGGCCGUCCGGGAGCCCCAAUCUGGCCGCGGACGCCACGCGUCGUCCGAGCGCGCAGACUAUGAAUAGUGAGCACACCACGCAACAAAGCUCGACCAUCCGGCCGGACUCUUCGUUUGGAAGCGAGGCUGCGUCAGGUCUGGAAGGACUCGAGGUCGAUAUGCCGUUGGAGCGGAUCAUCGAGUCGACCACCAAUCACGCCAAGCCUCUUCGUGCGCUGGAGCGUAUGCGACGAUCCGGCGGAUUAGGAGAAGAUGCGCAGUCGGGCAAUGGCUCCGCCCGAGGAUCUUCACGGGGAUCAGCGCGCGGAGGCAAGGGGGCUGCUCGGCGACAGCAGCGUCGCCAGCAGGCAGGCGGCACCGGCGCGAUGGACGUCUUCGCUGUUCUCGGUCAAAUCAAUGAGCAGCUCGGGUCGGCGCCGGAUCUUGAUACCUUCCUCAAGGUCGUCGUCGGCGUCGUCCAGGAUGUCUGCCGCUUCCACAGAGUCCUGCUCUACCAGUUUGAUGAGUCCUUCAAUGGGCAAGUCGUUGCGGAGCUGGUCGAAUGGGGCAAGACAAGCGAUCUCUACAAGGGUCUCAUGUUCCCCGCGGCGGACAUCCCGGCCCAGGCUCGCCAGCUUUACAAGAUCAACAAGGUCCGCAUGCUUUACGAUCGGUCCCAGACCACGGCGCGAAUGGUCUUACGCGACCGCGAGGACCUCGAUCAUCCCCUCGACAUGACGCACUGCUUUUUACGAGCAAUGAGUCCAAUCCACAUCAAAUACCUCGCCAACAUGCACGUCCGCUCCUCCAUGUCUGUCUCGGUUAUGGCUUUCGGCGAGCUAUGGGGCCUGAUCGCUUGCCACACCUACGGCAACCACGGUAUGCGCGUGUCGUUCCCAGUCCGCCAGAUGAUGCGAAUUCUUUCGGACAGCAUCUCGAGAAAUGUCGAGCGUUUGAGUUAUGCUCAGAGACUGCAUACCCGCAAGCUUAUCUCCACCAUCCCAUCGCAAUCCCAUCCUACCGGUUACAUUGUCAGCAACGCAGACGACCUUCUGCAGGUGUUUGAUGCGGACGCAGGCUUGCUUGUCAUCGGUAGUGGGUGUAAGCUGCUGGGCACGUCGGAUCAGGGCCAGGCGAUGUUGGCAAUCGCCGAGUAUCUCCGAAUCGUCAAGUUCGAUACACUGAAAGCAUCGAAUCAUCUCGCUCGCGACUUCCCCGAUCUCAGCUUACCAAAAGCGCACGACACAAUGGCCGGUCUGCUCUACGUGCCCCUCACGGCAAAGGCAGGACAGGACUUUAUCGUCUUUCUUCGGAAGGGUCAGGCGAGGGAGGUCAAAUGGGCGGGCAAACCCUACAAGGACGAGCGGGCGGGAGAGGCGGCGUCCCUUGAGCCGCGCAAGUCCUUCAAGACCUGGAGCGAGGUCGUCACGGGGCGCUCUCGGGCCUGGACGGACGACCAGCUCGAGAGCGCCGGUGUCCUCGCCCUGAUCUACGGAAAGUUCAUCCAGGUCUGGCGAGAAAAGCAGUCCGCCAUGGCCAGCAAUCAGCUCACGGCAAUCCUCCUCUCCAACACCUCCCAUGCCGUGCGCACUCCCCUCUCCCAAAUCAUCAACACCCUCGAGCUUGCUCUCGCCGGCAAUCUCGACGACGAGACCCGAGCGAUGCUUGAAAACUCGCACAAAGCAUCUCGGGCCCUCCUCUUCCACGUCCACGACCUCCUCGACCUAACACGGAUCGAGACGGGUAACGAAACGAGCUUCAAUGAUCCCUUUGAUCUGCGGGCCAGCAUUCAGGAUGCGGUUCGGCUAUAUCAAACGGAGUCGGCUCGUCGGGGUCUCGAAUUCCGCGUCAACAUUGCCCCAAACAUCCCCUCCCAGGUCAUUGGCGAUUCGCGAAAGAUCAAAACCGUCAUCUCCAACCUGGUCGCCAACUCGGUCAAGUUUACCCCAUCUGGGUUUAUCGAGGUGUACUGCGGUCUCCAGCACGGGGAGGACGACAGCGAGGUGGUGCCAGGGGGUUCCGUCAUGCUGGAAUUUGUCGUUGCCGACAGUGGGGUGGGCAUAGCAAACGAAAAGCUCCAGGCGAUGUUCGUUACGCUGGAGGGCGCCGAUGAGGUGAUGCAGGAGACGGCGCCGACGGGACUGGGUCUGGGAUUGGCGGUGGUGGCUCGGAUCGUCGAGCAGCUCGAGGGGCAGCUCCGAGCUGAGUCCGAGGUGGGCGUCGGGACGAGGUUCUUCUUCACCCUGGAAAUGCGCCGGCAUGACCCAGCACAGCCUCGGACUCGGCCAAAUAGUGGUAGUUCGAUCAAUCACCGCCGCAAAUCGUCCCUCGGCUCAAGCGGCUCGGUCGUUUCGACCCGGUCUGGUGGUGUCGCCUCGGAGAUCGAUUCAUUCGUCCAUGACUUUGGCUCGUCCCACAUGUACCCCUCGGUCGGUCCGCAAGACCCGCGUUUAUUGGCGGCCGAAAAGCGGAUGAAUCAGCCGGGUACCUUCCCGGUGACCGACUCGUCCUGGCCUGUACGCCCUACCAGGAUAGCGGACGCCGAGUCGGACUCUUCGGAUCCAUCUCAGGCCUCGGUCGAACCUGCAUCCCCCUCGAGCAAGUACACAUCGGGGACCGCCAGUACGGCUGUGCCCAAGAGCGUAUCCACCAUGGUUCCGCCAAAGAAGCGUGAAAAUUCAACUGGUGGGCUUCGCGAGAAGUCCGCUCCGGAUGGAUCGCAGCGGCUGAGGGUCUUGAUCGUCGAGGACGACAUGAUCAACGCUCAAAUCUUGACGAGGCGGCUGAAGAUGGACAAGCACAUUGUUCUGACGGCGACGAAUGGGCAGGAGGCGGUCGACUUGUUGAGCAAGGAUUGGGAUGUGGACCUCGUUCUGAUGGAUAUCCAAAUGCCCAUCAUGGACGGUCGAACAUCGGCAGCCGAGAUCCGCAAGAUGGAGGAAAAUCUCAUACUACGAGACGAUAUUGACCCUGUGCGGGUUGACGGCCGGAUACCCAUCUUCGCCGUGUCGGCCAGUCUGUACGAGUCGGAUCGAUCCAACUUGUCCGAGCACUUUGACGGCUGGCUUCUCAAGCCUCUUGACUUUACUCGAGCCCGCGCGCUCAUCAAGGCGUUGCAAGACAACGAGAAGAGGGCGGAGGAGGUGUACGUUCAAGGUCAAUGGGAGAAGGGCGGGUACUUCAGAGGUGAGUCCUUGAUUUGCUGUAGCAGCAGCACGUGUCAAGCUGACUCUCCAGGCGGUAAGGGCUAA